CGCCCCCCCCCCCGUGCCGGGCGGGAAGGGAAGCUGCUCGGCGGGAGAGGUCGUUGGCCGCCGCUAGCCCGCAGGUCCCUCAUUAUUUGUAUACAGAAAAAGGAUCAGCCAUGAAAUGUGUAAGAAAAAGAAGCACUGCGGAGCAGUUCGAGACUUGUGGCAUCUGGCUGGACACUGCAAAGUUAAAGAAGCGCAAAAUACAGACUCUUGUAUCCAAGCCAACUUCAAACACGCCAAAUCCACUUCUUGAGAGGAACUGUAAUAGUCACAUUUCAGUUAAUUUUACUCAGACAAGACUUUCUCAGCCAUACACCAGGCAAACUACCAUCUCUUCGUUCUUCAGCAUUCAACCAACAGGUGAAAAGGAUGAUGAAGAAAACUUAAAGCCAUAUCCUCUUAUGUCAAAUAAAACACACCUAGGAAAAGGCUCUGAUUUCUUGGCUGCCUCCUCUAUGAAGAACUCGGGAGCUGCUAAGUUAGAGGAAGUCCAGGCACCAACCUUGAGCCCUCAGGAGGACAACAUUCAGGAGUGUAGCCAGCUGCUUGUACAAAACACACAAGGCUUGAGCAUUCCCCUGGUGAACUAUAACUUCCCACAAGCACAGGCUAACGGCAGGAGUGAGCGCACAGCCAUUGCAAGGACCUCCGCUGGUGAGACAGAAGACUCUGUCUCCAUAAACUUCACCCAGGAUUCAGAGGGCAAUAGGGUUCUGGCUCAUAGGAAUUCAGCUGACUCAUUCACUGGAAGUGUUUCUGUAACAAAUGGGAUAAUUUCAAGCAAGAGCGAGAGUUAUUGGAUAGGUGAGAAAGAGGCUCAUUUGUCCUCCAAGAGGGGGAUAACUAGAGUGGGUCUCAAACCUAAACACCUGAUGAAGCAAGGUAGGAGGAGAUGCAAAAACCUGCCCCCUCGUGGAAUUUCUUUCAUGGAUUUCUCAGAGGUUGAGAAUAUAAGUCCUGUUCCCAAGGGUAACGAAGGCCAGCAGACCAAUUGUCCUCUCUCCCAGGGGCGAAAAGCUAAAACAGAGCUUUUGAGAGACAGUAGUCAAAAUUUUGCUGACUUUUGGACAAGAAAUUCUCACAAUAUGGCUGGUUCAGCAGGAGAGCAGGGGGACAGUAAGAGUAGUCCUACCACACAGUUGUUUACCCAGGAUUCAGAGGGAUACAGAGUCAUUUCUCACCAGUGCUUCUAUGAGAAUGUCAGAUCUCCUUUGCAGAAAAAGUAUCUACAGGACAAAACCAAUUUUGUCCAGAGGGUGCCUAGCCCACCCUCUGUGGAUUGCUUUAAAGUUUAUUCUUCAGGGGCAUUGGACAGGACUCCUUUAGCUACUACAGCCAUUAAUUUAUGUGAGCCUGAGUCAUGCUAUGAUUUGCUAUUCACAGAGGAUUCAGAAGGAAAUAGAAUUAUCAAACAUUGAUUCAGUAGUAAUUUUUUUCUGAAUAAAUGGGCUGCUGAAAAAUUGACAUUUUUUAAUGUAUGUGAAAAUUCCUCUGCAGCCUCCACAGUGCAUCACUUUCUUUAAGAUACAAGGACUGUGUAAGCGUACACCUUGCAUAUAUGGCCUUUGGCUACGAGUGGUAUAGACCCACACACACAGGCUAUUUAUGCUGCAUGCAGAAUUGUUGUUGAUUAAAAAGAGAUUAUACAUGUGCAAAUAAAGUGAUAAUUUUAUAGCAAGA